ACCCGAGGGGAGAGGAAGUACAUCUCCGCUCCCCACACUUGUGACUGUGGGCAGGCGUGUGAGGUGGGGUUGUGAGUGAGGGGACGCCUUAGGGUGUUUUAUAAACCAGUGAGGGAAAUUACCACCCAGAAAAAGUAGUGUAAUUGAAACUAGUGAAACACCAGCUUACAUUGAAAAAUUAACGUAGAGUAUUGUAUAUUUUUUUUUAGCGAUGUGUUACCCACACUUCGUGAUAACUGCGGCAUAUUAUGGAAAAUAGCCUUCAUUGCAGGACGAGAUUUGGCAAGAGCCGUAGUCCUAUGAGGAUGCAGCACCGGGAGGCCUCGGGCUAAGUAUGCCGGCGGUGCAGUUGUCCUCCCGAGGUCGAGACAUCCCAGUAACCAAGGUCAGUGUGGGGCAGCCGGCCUACCACACCAGCCAACCACCCACUGCUUGCACUACCACUAGCAACCACCACUGCCACCACCGGCCUCUCACCACCACCACCAACAGCCAGCGACUUCACUUCAAGGGUGGACGAGUGUGAGCCCGGGGUCGUGUGUAGUGGUCACGUUCUUCCUGCCUGCCUGCCUCGACUACUGAUGACCACCACCCUCACCCUCGACCUCCUCCUCCUCCUGCUGCUGCUGCCACCUGCUCACCUGAGUGGCCCGAUGGGUGUUUGAGUGACCACCUGGAGACCUUUUUCGGUGAUGUCUGGUUCUCUCUCUGUCUGUGUGUGUGUGUGUCUCUCUGCUCUCUUGAGUGGCCAGGUGUUCCCUUCAUACCUGCAACAAGACCGUCUUCCUUGUGAGUAACGGAGUGUGGAGGCUUCGUUUGUGAGUGACGGAGUGUGACGGCUUAGUCGACUUUCUGCUUCAUCUGGGAAAGUGAAUGGUCUUCCUCCAGGGCAGUAUCAAGCUUACUCAAAGUGUAGAUGAGUGACAGUCAUGGACACGCGUGAGUGACGACCCGCAGAGUGGUGGUUACUUAUGGUGUAUAACAAAUAGCUCAACGUCACAUCUACACACUUAACCUAAAAAAAAAAAACACAAACAACAAAAUGCCGCAACACUCGGUUAUAUAAUACUCAACAUAGAGAGUGGAGCAGCAGUGGUUCAAGUGAGGCAGAAUUUACGAGGUGAGGCGUCGUGUCAUUUUCUUGAAAGAUGUUGGCCAGACCAGGACAGCCAACCCGGGAGUAACUCACACGCGGAGGAGAGAAUAUAAACUACAACACUUCUUACUGCCUGUCUGGGUGUAAGAUCUUGCAGGAAAUAAAUAGAAAUAAAAUAUAAGUGUAUAGCUGAAUGAACAAAAACAAACUGGACGUAAUCAUAUAGAGGAAUUAUCGAUGUAUUGUGUAUAAACAACAGAAGAGAAGAAAAAAAAAAGAAAAGACGUGAAAGAUGAAGUGAUUUUCAAGAGGAACACAUAAAAGAAACAUAACCCAUCCCCAAAGUUGCCAUGGGUGAUCGCUCUCUGCUCCUGCACCUGAGAUGGCUGCUGCUGCUGAUUUUCGCCCUUAUACCAAGCCCCGGGGAGAGCCGCUCAGGGGUGCAGGAAGGACCUCAAUUCCUGGUGGAGCCUCCCCGCUCCCUCUCCUUCCUCAACACCACCGGUGCUGCCCUUCACUGCUCCGCCCACGGCAACCCCAUGCCCACGGUGUCAUGGGUGGUGGGGGAGGCAGGUCUACAGCCGGCCAGUACGCUAGUAGGAGUGAGGGAGAUCCUACCCAAUGGCUCCCUCAUCUUCCUGCCCUUCAGCCCUCGCUCCUACCGGCAAGACGUUCACGCCUCCACCUACAGGUGCCUCGCCUCUUCCUCCGUCGGCAAAAUCGUCUCCCGGACUGUCACCGUCAGGGCAGUUGUUCGCCAAGAUUACGAGGUGCAGGUGUACGAUGAGUAUGUCAUCAGUGGCAACACAGCCGUCCUCAGUUGUCGCAUCCCGCCUUACGUGAGGGAGUACGUCAAGGUGGUGGCGUGGGUCCAGGACGACGCUUAUGUGAUCCAGCCAGGACUUGAGAGUGGCGGGAAGUACAUGAUCCUUCACGAUGGGUCCCUGCACAUCUACCGGGCCGACCCAAGUGACGGCUACAGGAGCUACCGGUGCCGGGCCAACCACACCCUUACUGGGGAUAUCAGCGAGUCCUCCGCCGGCAGGGUUAUUAUUACCGAGCCUCAUGGUAACGUGGCGCCCAGACUCAGUGUGGACAAGAGGGUGACGGUGACGGUGAAGGCGGGGGAGUGGGCGGUGCUUCCUUGUGCCGCCCAGAGCCACCCCACGCCCACCUACAGGUGGGUGCGGCUGGGUGAGGGCGUGAUGGCGGGCGUGGUGGGCGGGUCUUCACGGUACAGUCAGGUGGGCGGCCUCCUGGUGAUGACGGCUGUGGGCGUGGCUGACCAGGGCCGCUACAUGUGCUUCGUCAACAACAGUGUUGGUCAUGAGACUGUUGAGGCUUCACUCAAAGUCACUGAGCCCCUGAAUGUCCACGUGUCCCCCCGACGGCUGGUGGUGGACAUGGGUAAGACGGCAGAGUUCAGGUGUGUGGUACAGGGACACCCCGUCACCUCGGUCACCUGGCUCAGGAACGGCAAAUCUCUACCCCCGGACGGCAGGUUCGUGACGUCACCGCGGGAGCUGCUGACGGUGUCGAAGGUGGGGAAGGAGGACCGGGCCAUGUACCAGUGUGUGGUGUCCGCCAGGCACUACAACGUCCAGGCCGCCGCUCAUCUCGCCCUCGGAGACUCGUCGCCAGAGCUUCACUACAAGUUUCAGGAACAGACGCUACAGCCAGGACCCUCCGUCAGCCUCAAGUGUGUGGCCACCGGUAACCCUCCCCCACAGUUCAUCUGGACCCUGGACGGCUUCCCCCUACCUGAGAGUGAGAGGUUCCUGGUGGGUCAAUACGUAACAGUACAUGAUGACGUCAUCUCCCACGUGAACAUCACCAACGUGAGGGUGGAGGACGGUGGGGAGUACACCUGCAGCGCCUCCAACACCGUGGGCGCCGUCACUCACUCCGCCAAGGUGAACGUCUACGGCCUCCCCUACAUCCGGCCCAUGAGGCGGGUCUCGGCCGUGGCGGGGUCCGGCUUACGGAUUAAGUGUCCCGUGGCUGGCUAUCCUAUCGAUAAGAUCAUUUGGGAGAAGGACGGACGGGUGCUGCCAACAGAUAUCCGACAACGGGUGUUCGACAACGGUACGCUGGUCAUUACUCAGACACAGAGAGACACUGAUGGAGGACGCUACACCUGUCGAGCUUCUAAUAGACACGGCCAUAUAGCUUCUCGAGACGUCACCGUUACCGUCACAGUGCCACCCAAGAUUAUGCCGUUUUCCUUCGCUAACAACAUCUUGAGUGAAGGGAACCGGGCCUCCCUCACCUGCCAGAUCCUGGAGGGAGACCUGCCCGUCAACUUCAGGUGGGAGAAGGAUGGAGGUCCUGUACCUAUAUAUGAUGGCAUCACUACCCGCCUCCUGGACGACUACCAAACACAGCUGGUUAUUGACCGCAUUUCCUCGAGGCAUAAUGGUGAAUACACUUGUCUUGCCUCAAAUGCUGCUGCCACUCGUCACUACACUGCCAAGCUCACAGUUAAUGUUCCACCACACUGGGUGACAGAACCACAGGACAGCGGGGCGGCGCAGGGUAGCACUGUUACGCUCAACUGCCAGGCAGAUGGCUAUCCCACACCCACCGUCACCUGGAAGAAAGCCAUCACAGAUGACAGUGACAGCAGCGGCAGUGGCAGCAGUGUGGGUGGCAGUGGUGGCAGCAGCGGACAAGGAGACUACCAAGAAUUAGUGUAUGGAGCUCAUGUGGAAGUAUUUAAUAAUGGCUCAGUGGUGUUUAGGAAUGUUCAGAAGGCAAUGGAAGGCAAAUACCUUUGUCAGGCUCGGAAUGGAAUUGGAGCAGGACUCAGUAAGGUUGUCUACCUUACUGUCAAUGCUCCGGCACACUUUCCUGAGAAGAUGGGUCGUGUGGUAGUAAGGUUGGGUCAGACGGCGAUGUUGCGUUGUCCAGCUCAUGGUGAUCGUCCCAUUGACAUUCUGUGGUCUGUUGAUGGUCGUCGCCUCGACCCUCAUGCUGAUCCUCGGGUUGAGGUACAGGAGGAAUCAAUUGAGGAUGGCCUUGUCUCUAAGUUAGCCCUGACUUCAGCUGCGAGGGCACACUCAGCUACCUACACCUGCCACGCUGCUAAUGCAUUUGGUCGUGAUACUAGAAACAUAGAGUUGGUAGUGCAAGAGGAACCGGAACAACCCAAGAACCUGCGUGUGGUGGAGACCCACAGUCGCCGUGUAAAGCUGUCAUGGAUGGCACCCUACAAUGGCAACUCUCCCAUCCAGAACUACCUCAUCCAAUAUAAAUUAGCCUCAGAGCCAUGGCCAGGUGUGCCGGAACAGUUGAGUAUCCCUGGAGACCAGACAGAAGGUAUCAUCCACGAUCUUACUCCUGCCACGGCCUACCACCUGAGGGUCACUGCUCAGAACACCCUGGGUCUUGGUACUCCCUCAGAAGUCAUACAGGCUGCUACUGAUGAGGAAGAACCUUCAGGUCCUCCUCUAGAUGUAAGAGUGACUCCAGAGUCAUCAACAUCCCUGCGUGUGACCUGGGAACCACCAGCCAGAGACCUGUGGAAUGGUAACAUUCUUGGGUACUAUGUAGGGUAUAGGACUCAUGCCCAUGCUGCUGACUACAACUUUCAAACUGUUGAGGUUGGGUCAGCAUAUGGUGGGAGUUCAACCCUAUCUGGCCUCCAGCAGUACACAAGGUAUGAGGUGGUGGUCCAGGCCUUCAACAACCGAGGGGCGGGACCUUUAUCGGCUCCUGUCAUUGCCACCACGGAGGAGGAUGCACCCAGCCUGCCUCCUGAGACUAUACGGUGUGAAGCAACAUCCCCACAAAGUGUGUCAGUAGCCUGGCGGCCUCCUCCUGUCAGGGGACAGAAUGGUCUCAUCAAAGGCUACAGAGUACUGUACACUCCUGCUUCACAAUACUCAGGUGUAAUAAUAUCAACACGUAUGCUGACAGAUGAAGAAUCACAGGCAGAAACUGCAGCAGAGAGCACUAAUAUCUUCAGUUUGGAAAAGUACACAAACUACAGCAUCAACGUUUUAGCUUACACUAGUGCUGGUGAUGGUGUGCCUUCACAACCCAUAUUUUGUCGCACACUGCAGGAUGUGCCAGAUGCUCCUGCGGGGAUCAAAGCAGUUGUGAGCUCUUCUACGACGAUACUUGUGACCUGGCUGGCCCCAGUGAAGGUCAACGGUGUACUCACUAAAUACACUUUAUAUAUGGGCGUCACCAGUGAGCAGAGGACGCAGAGAGAGCUACCAGCACGAACACUGGGCCCCGGAGAGACAUCGUAUGUGGCAGAGGGUGUCAGCACCAGAGAUAAGUACGAGUUCUGGGUGUCUGCGUCAACACAACGAGGGGAGGGACUAGCAACUGACAAGGUGUUCGUCCAUCCAACCACUGAAGUAUCGGCUCAAAUCGCAUCAUUUGGAGGCCCUCUGGAAGUUGCGUGGAAGGAGGACGUUCGGCUUCAGUGUCACUCUGUAGGUGAACCUCCCCCAGAAAUCACCUGGAAACAUAAUGGAAAAAGGAUUAAACCUACAGAUAGAAUUCAGGUACGACCUAAUGGAUCCUUGUUUAUUCGAGAUGUACAGAAGACUGAUGCUGGAAACCUUAGUUGUACAGCUGUCAACACUAAUGGUGCUGAUAGUAUCACAUACUUCCUCACAGUACAAGUGCCACCAGCCCCUCCCACGUUAUAUGUCCAGGGCAGCUCAAGAGAUGCCCUCACACUUCGCUGGAGCUUAAGGCCCCACCAUGCACCAGUGAGGGGCUAUAUAAUGAACUACAAGCGGGAGUAUGGAAACUGGGAAGAAGUGGAGUUACAUACAGCCAGAACAACGCACACUCUUUCUGGCCUUGUGUGUGGCUCUCGGUACCAACUGUAUGUGACGGCUUACAACAAGGUGGGCACUGGCCUGCCCUCUGAGAUCCUCACCACUUCCACCAAAGGAUCAGAGCCAGUUGUGCCAAGUCGGUCUCGCCUCUUAGACGUCAACUCCACAUCAGUGUUGGUGCACCUCAGUACGUGGGGUGAUGGAAGCUGUCCUAUUCUAUAUUAUGUCAUAGAAUAUCGUGUUUCAUCAUCCAGGGACUGGAUCUCUGUAGCCAACAAUGUUGCAGCAAAUGAGAAGACAUAUGUGAUCCGCGACCUCAUACCUGCUACACGUUACACAGUCAAAGUAACGGCUCACAAUCAUGCCGGAUCAAGUGUGGCCACAUACGAUGUCACAACUCUUACUCCUGAAGGAGUGUUGUUGUCAAAUGAAGACGGCAGUAGUGGGGGCGUGACAUCACCGCCCCUCUACCAGGAUCUACGGGUAGUUAUUCCAGCAGCAGUAGUUGUUGUCAUUGUUAUUGAGGUCAUCAUGGCAAUUGUGUGUGUCUUCAGGAGAAGGAAGAUGCGUGAACGAGGAGGUUCUGGAGGAAUGGCUGAGUCACCUUCCACAGCACAGAUUCAGAACCAACAGAAUCAGCACCAGCAGUACUCAGCCCUCCCAGCCACCACACCUUCCACCCAAGAUACUGCCACCAAUAAGGAAUCUUCUGGUAAUGGAACUGUUGAUGCAGAUUACAUUGAGGACAUCUGCCCAUAUGCGACCUUCCAGCUGCCAGCAGUGCCAAAGAGUCUUUAUGGGGAGAGUACAGACUCAGGCAUUGUCUACUCUGGACCGUAUCACUCUGUUCAGGGUGCUUUUGUCUACCAUGAUCCCAAGAGGGCAUCAUUAGAGACAUUCCCAUUAAGACAUCAAAAAGAACCAGAAUACACCAAAGUGAGAAGAAAAGGUAGAAGAGAUCCUCAUGUGGAGAGUACAGAGUCUGAUAAUCUGGGCAGUACAGACUCAGAGGUAAAGAAAAUCCUCUCUCUCCACAUGCCCAUCAGUGAAUAUGAUACUUUAGGGAGUGAUUCAGAAGGUCCAGGAACCAGGGACUCUCCACCCACCUUUGCAGAGUCUGCAGGGUUAGCACAUGCCCAUAUCCAUGCCCAACCUGCACACAGUAGCAGAUCACGUCCUGAGUCUGCCAUAAGUCAAAUCCGCAGUAGCACCGAUAUAUUCAAGCACCGUGUUAGGAGUAGACAACAAGAACCCAUUAAGUCUCAAGAGAACAGCAGCUCAUCGACAGAUACAUCAAGCUCUGGGCGCCGGGCACACCCACGGAGGGGCAAGAAAUCAACUAAGCGGCAGAGUCGCUCAACCUCUCGCACGGGCUUUGAAGAAACUUCUUUCAGGCCAAUCAAGUGAGCAGGUAGCGUGGAGGUGUGGAGGAGGCCGGCCGUGUGGGCGUGAGACGGGCCUGGGCGAGGUCAGUGCCUCCUCCCUCUUGACUCCUCCAACUC